AUGAACAUCUGUAAUGGCGAUCGAAAAGUGUUCACCCAACCCAGGAGGACCAGGCGGCUCAAGGUAUUUAUUCCCUACGAAAAAAACGGGCAUAGUCUUCAAAAAAUCAUUGGCAAAAACCACGAUGUAAUUAGUUUUGAUCCACGAGGAGUAGGAGCCUCAACCCCUCUCAUAAACUGUUGGGCCUCGAAACAAAUUUCCCAAGCCUGGAAAUUAAGUGAUGUAGGACUUGUGGAUUCGCAUCCGGGGAUGCUUUAUGAUGCGUACGCAAGAGCGAGUGCUCUGUCUCAUACAUUUCAGGAGAAUAUGCAGCGAGAAGCAGAAGAUAGAGGAGAGGAAUCAUUGUUGAGGUUUGUGAGUACCACAAGUGUGGCUCGUGACAUGCUUGAGAUUAUGGAGAAGAGUGGGACGGAGAAGAUGAGGUAUUGGGGGUUUAGUUAUGGGACUUUUUUGGGGGGAGUCUUUGCUGCUAUGUAUCCUGAUAGGGUGGAGAGAAUGGUUAGUGAUGAUUACAUCGAAUGGUCAACCAAUAGCCAUACCUCCUUCCUCCACGACUCUGACAAAAUAAUGGAAGCAUUCUAUCACUACUGCCACGCAUCUGGCCCCCAAAACUGCGCCUUCUACUCGUCUACCCCCUCCAAAAUCUCCACUCGUCUAGAAAAUCUCCUCACCACCCUAAAAACCCACCCCAUAAUCGUCCCUCCAUCAGACCCCACCCUCUUCCCCGAAAUAAUAACAUACACCUCCCUCAAACGCCUCAUCUCAGCCACACUCUACCGACCCAUCCUCCUCUUCCCAACUCUAGCAAAUGUUCUCCUCUCCCUCGAAACCGGCGACGGAAUCCCCUUUCUCAAUUUCAUCUCUACACUCGAUUUGCACGAAUCUUUUACCUGCGAAUGCGAUGUUAGCAGUAAUGGAAUUUUAGCACCAGCAAAAGAAAAAGAAGAAGAAGGAACAGAUGAUGCUAUGGCUGCUAUUAUGUGCUCCGAUGGGGGAAUCAUGAAUGAAACUGUUUCGGAAUUUGAAGUUUAUGCGGAUACACUUAUGGAGGGAGCAUUGAUGACGGGUGCUGCGAAUGUAGAGGUUAGAAUGUCGUGUGUGGGAUGGAAUGUAGUGCCUAAAUGGAGAUAUACCGGUAUCAAUUUCCCAUCUCUUCCCACUCUAUCUCAUUUCUCCACAUCAUCAUACUUCCAAAAUCCCCCAUCUAUGCUAACCACCCCAGGACCCUUCACCUCCACCACCAAUCACCCAAUCCUCUACAUCGCCAACCGUGCCGACAAUGUCACACCACUCCGUAGCGCCCUCUCCAACGCUAAAAACUUCCCUCGCUCUAGAGUAGUAAUCCAGAAUUCAUUCGGUCAUACGAGUUUAGCUGCGCCGUCGAUAUGUACUGCGAAGAUUAUCCGGGCGUAUUUUCAAGAGGGGCUGUUGCCGGAGAAUGGGAUGGUUUGUGAGGGGGAGGGGCGGUUAUUUGGUGGGGAGGGGAUGAGAGUCGCUGGGGAUGAGAUUGGGAGGGGGGAAGGAGAGCGGGGUGAAUGGGAGGAAGAUGAAGAACUUAAAGAAGCAGGACGGAAUUUAAUGUUGAGUGUUGAUUUUUCUUGGAGAUGGGAUUUGUGGUUGUGA